GGUUUAAUAUUGUUUCCAGUGUAAACAGAGCGAGUGUUUGAUGUUCAGGGCAGAGUUUGCUGUAGAGGCUUUUAUAUUUCAUUAAUUCAAUUUGUUUCCUACAGCAGCCUCCCCCAGGAUCAUGCAGGCUGCCACAGAUUUCUACAGGAUCCUACAGGUUACUACAGAAUCCUACAGGUUCAUGCAGGCUGCCACAGGUUUCUACAGGUUACUACAGGAUCAUGCAGGCUGCCACAUAUUCUUACAGGUUACUACAGGAUCCUACAGGUUCAUGCAGGCUGCCACAGGUUUCUACAGGUUCUUACAGGAUCCUACAGGCUCUUACAGUCUCCUACAAGUUUUCACAGAAAUCUAAAGGUUCCUACAGUCGUUACCAGGUUCCAGCAGGUUUUUCACAAGCUCUAAAAGGUUCCCACAGGUUCCUAAAGGUUUUAUCAGGCUUUCACAUUUUCCUACAGGCUCCACCAGGUCCACAUAAUCUUUACCAGGCUCCCACAUGUUCUUACAGUCUCUAUCAGACUCCCACAGAUUCCUACAAGCUUACAAGCGUUCCUAAAGGAUCCUACAGGUUCUGACAGGCUCUACCAGUUUCCUACAGGCUUUAACAGGUUCCUACAGGCUCUACCAGGUUACUACAGGCUUCCACAGGUUCCUAAAGGAUCCGACAGAUUUCUACAGGUUCUGAAAGGCUCCUACAAGUUUCCAAAGAAACUACAGGUUUCUGCAGGCUGCCACAGGCUUGAGCAGGCUCCCACAGGUCCCUACAAGUUCCCACAUGUUUCUACAUGCUGAAUUAAACUCCUGCAGUUUCCUACAUGCUAUAACAGGCUCCUCCAGGUUAGAUAUGCAAGAAGUAUAGAGGGAGAGAGGAGAGACUAAGGAGAAGUUUUGGGGGAGUAGCAUCAGAAACAAAGGAGAAAAGUUUGAAGACUUAAAGAAAAACAAUGGUUAUGAAGAGGAGAGAAAUUAAUAAAGAGGAAGCAGUAGGAGGUAGAGAGGAGGAGAAUUAAAGAGUAGGAGUUGUUAAAGAGGAGCAGGUAUAGGCCAUAGGACAAUAGUGAGAGAUGAGGAGGAGGUGAAAGAGGAGAGUAAAAGAGCAACAGUAUGAAGUGAAAAGGAGGAGAAAUAAAGGAGUAGUAGUAGAAGGAGGAGAUUUAAUGAAGAGGUUCAACAAUAGAAAACAACCAACAGGAGAAGAAGAGUUAACGGAGCAGCAAUAGGAGGAGGAUCAAUAGCAGAGAAGAGUUGAGGAGCAACAUUGGGAAGCAAAGAGGAGGAGAAUUAAUUAGGUGGAGAGUUGAGGAGUAGGUGGGGUUGAUGAGGAGGAGCAACAGAACAAUAACAAGGAAAGUGAGAAAUGAGGGGAAUUGAUGUUGAUGGAGUGUAUGAUGAGGAGAGUUGAAGAAGAGCAACAGUAAAAAGCGAAGAGGAGCAAUAGGAGAAGGGAAGUAGAUGAUGAAGAGCAGUAAUCAGUAGCAGAGAUGCACGUAAAAUGAGGAGAAGAGAUUAUUUGUAGGAGGAGGAGAGUUGAGAAGCAAAAUUGGGAUGCAAAGGGGAGGAGAAUUAAUGAAGUGGAAAGUUGAGAAGGUGGGGUUGAUGAUAAGGAGCAACAGGUGGAGGAGAUUUGUUAAGGAGAAACUGAUGAUGAGGAGCAGUGAAAGUUUUCAUGAAAGAGGAAAGGAAAGCCAAAGAGGAGCAAAAUAUUAGGAGGUAAAGAGAAAGACAGUUUAUGAGGAGGAGCAACAAUAGUAGAAUGAGGAGGAGGAGAAGAGUUGAAGAGCAACAAUGGGAAGCAAAGAGGAGGAGAAUUAAUGAAGUGGAGAGUUGAGGAGUAGGUUGUGUUGAUAAGGAGCAGCAACAGGUGGAGGAUCAAUAGCAGGAGGAGAUUUGUUAGGGAGGAACCAAAGAGGAAGGGAAAGCCAAAGAGGAGCAAAAUAUUAGAAGGUAAAGAGAAAAACAGUUUAUGAGGAGGAGCAGCAGAAAGUUGACGAGGAAAAGAAACAAUAGGAUGAGGAGAGAUAAAGCGAGGGUGUAGCAACAGCAGGAUGAGGAGAAGAGAGUAGGAGGAGGAGGAGCUGAUGAUGAUGAUGAUGAUGAUGAAGGAGUGUAGUGCUCUGAAACCCUCAUGUAUUUUUCUUGGUUCCCACGCGCUCCUGCUCCAGGCUGGUGUGGCGGAGGGAGUGGUCGACACACAGAGAGAAGAGGAAGUGCAUUACGCACACACCGACUUUCUCUCUCUCUCUCUCUCUGUUUCUCUCACUCUCACACACAGGCGCACUGUUGCACACACAGCAGGCUAAUGUGAUUAAACAGACCCAGACGCGGCGCGAGCGGCUCUGAAGGCGACUGAGCGUAAAGUGAGAGCUGCAGCCGGGUUCUCGUUUACAGCUCUGAGUGAUUUUACUGUUUGUUUGUUUUUUUUUUUCUUAUUUUCUACUCUGGAUCAUCAAUCAAGUUCUGCUGGAUUGAUUUGAGCUGGGUCAAGCAAUAUCCCAAAGUAUUAUGCGGUCUCUCCAGUGCUCAGAGUCCUGUAACGGCGUGGAGGGAACACUCUCCAGCAUGAACUGAACACCCACCUGUUUUUAUAUUGUGCUUUAUUUUGUGGACUCGACACCACCUGUGAUCCAAACCAAGACUGAUGUAAAAGCUCUCAGCUAUGGGGUGUGAAAAUAUGACCAUUGCAAUGGAGGGCGGAGGGGCGUCACCCUUGAUGCAGGCGUCACUGGUGGUGCUUGUAGUCCUGCUCUUCCUCCUGACUGUUUCUGGUAACCUGCUGGCGGUGAUCGCCGUGUUCACCAGCCGGGCGCUGAAGGCUCCGCAGAACCUGUUUCUGGUGUCUCUGGCGUCGGCCGACAUCUUGGUGGCGACACUGGUCAUGCCGUUCUCCCUGGCCAACGAGUUGAUGGGCUACUGGUAUUUCGGUCCGGUGUGGUGUAAGAUCUACUUGGCCCUGGAUGUACUAUUCUGCACGGCCUCAAUCGCCCACCUGUGCGCCAUCAGUCUGGACCGCUACUGGUCCAUCACUCGAGCUGUAGAGUACAACCUGAAGCGAACGCCACGCCGCAUCAAGUGUGUAAUCCUGGUGGUGUGGGUCAUUGCUGCCGUCAUCUCCUUCCCACCUCUUACCAUCAUGAAGGAGGACGAGCCAAUAAAUGAUCCCCCUUCCUGCCAGAUCAACAAAGACAAGUGGUACAUCAUCUCCUCCUGCAUUGGCUCCUUCUUCCUUCCCUGUAUCAUCAUGGUGCUCGUCUACAUCCGCAUCUACCAGAUCGCCAAGAGCAGGACCAGGACUCCGCCAGGCGACCGCAGGAAGAGGGAUGACGAGAAGAAAGAAAAUGGCCACUGCCACGAAAGGCUCAACGGUGAUGCUGCAAACGGCAACGACAAGGAUGACAAAGGUGAUGUCAAUGCUGUUGACAUGGAGGAGUCUUCAUCAUCUGAUCACAAGGUGACCAAUCCCUGUGCCAGCAAGAAGAAACGAGCUAAAGGAAAAACCAAGCUGAGCCAGAUAAAGCCUGGCGAUGAUAUAAACAAGCGGGAAAACGCAAAUCGAGGCACCAAGUCCAGCCGCUGGAAGGGCCGCCAGAACCGCGAGAAGCGCUUCACCUUCGUCCUGGCCGUGGUCAUCGGCGUCUUCAUGAUCUGCUGGUUUCCGUUCUUCUUCACGUACACUCUUAGGGCAUUGUGCGAGUCCUGCUGCGUGAACGAGACACUCUUUAAGUUCUUCUUCUGGUUCGGCUACUGCAACAGCUCGCUCAACCCCAUCAUCUACACCAUCUUCAACAAUGACUUUCGCAGGGCCUUCAAGAAGAUACUCUGCCGAGGAGACAGCAGGAGAGUUGCGUGAGUUUGAAGCUGUUGGACAAGAUGCUAAAAGUUUACAGUGCUGAUGGAUCAGCUGCCUUUUCUAAACAAUAGCCUUAUCUGUUUUAACGUGACUCAAAACAAGCGACCCUGUAAAGGGAGGGACCGAACUGAGCCAGAUCAAGAACGGUGAUGCCUUGAGCAAAAAGGACGACAAGAAAUAGGGUCUCGCCGUGAGCGAGGGACGCUACCGGAGGGGCUCUUCACCUCUGUCUGUUCUGACUGUGGAGCUCUGCAGCUCUUCCUGCUCUUCAGGCACUUAGUUUGGUUCAGAAUCUGCAGGAGCCUCUUAACAUUAUUUCGAGGGCCUUCAAGUAGAUUUUCUGAUGAAUGUUUUCUAGAGUGUGUUGAAGACAAUCGGGAAAAAAAGAGUCUGUAGAAAGUUGAUGUUUUGCACCAGAAAUCUGCAGGCUUUCCUAUAGGACUUUUUGAAAGAAGCCAAAUUAAUCAAGCAAGAUAAACCCUGCAGAAUGAUUGACUGUUUUACAUAGAUAUACAGUUACCUCCCCUUUCCAGUCUUCAUCUUUACCCACAGCAAGAAAGAAACAGCAGCCCUCCAUCGACUCUCAUCGACUCUGCUCUGUUUUACAGCCUGUUCUGAGCACAGCGGACUGAUAAGUGGACUGAUACAGGUCCAGGUUUACUGACACAGUGCUGUGUGAUAUACAGCCGGCUGAUUGGCUGAGGGGAUGUGUGUACAGUAAACAGUAAUAUUCGCCGCUCUGUUGAAACAUCGGCCCUCAAUUUGGCACCUGCUUUUAUAACGCACAUCAUUCAAGGAACUAAACAGAGUGAUAAGAAUAAAGCGUCCUCCAGUGCUCUGCUCUGUAAAUAUCACAAAUCACACACAACUAGUGGGAACAAGUUGCGUCAUUGUCGUAAGAGAGUUUUACGUGUUUCAUGCACUGUAUGUCCAAGUGUUUUGGGACACCUGUUCUAGUACAUGGCUUCAGCUAAUUCAUUUACGUUGCACUUAUUUCUGACAAGAUAGAUGUGAAAAUGCACACAGAUAAGAAACUUAUCUAGUGCCUGUAGAAAAGUAUUGCCAAUUGAAAAGGACCCUCUGGAACAGACAGACAGACAGACACUCACUGAGUUCACUAUCUAGAUUGUAAUAAAAUUGGACACUUUGUACUAGGAUUGCCAUCCAUCCUGUAAAAUACAGAAUGUCCUUUAUUCUGCAAAUUGAUUUGUUCUUUAUUUCCAUGAGUUUCUUUGAUUUUACCAAAUUGAAAAGCUCUGGAAUAUAAUCAAGAGGAAGAUGGAUGAUUACAAGCCAUCAAACCAAACUGAACUGCUAGAAUUUUUGCACCAGCAGUAAAGCAGCAUAAAGUUAUCCAAAAGCAGUGUGUAAGACUGGUGGAGAAGGAGAACAUGAUGUCAAGAUGCAUGAAAAAAACUGAGAUUAAAAACCAGGGUUUUUCCACCAAAUAUUGAUUUCGGAACUCUUAAAACUUUAUGAAUAUAAACUUGUUUGCUUUGUAUUAUUUGAGGUCUGAAAGCUCUGCAUCUUUUUUGUUAUUUCAGACAUUUCUCAUUUUCUGGAAAUAAAUGCUCUAAAUAAUAAUAUUUUUAUUUGGAAUUUGGGAGAAAUGUUGUCUGUAGUUUUAUAGAAUAAAACAACAAUGUUCAUUUCACUCAAACAUAAACCUAUAAAUAGCAAAAUCAGAGAAACUACAUUUUAUAGCACACUAUAAGAGUCUGCUUUUCUGUGUAUUACAGACAGAAAACAGCACUCUUACGUUUUUUAUUUCUCCAUCACUGGAGAUAAAUCAGGUCUAAAAGGGUUAAACCCUUAAUUCAAUAGAAACCAUAUAAAUCAAAAGUACACAGGUGUCCCACUACUUUUGUCCAUAUGGUAUAUGUGUUGAUGCAGUUCCUGUACUGUUGUAUAUGGAUGGUUAAUGUGUUUUUAUCAUUCCUCUCACUGUUCUGAGAGCAGUGGAGGGAAGCUUUUCUGAGAGACGCUGCUUUGAUAUGCGACUCAUCUGCACAUCCCAGAUUACCCAUGAUGAUGCUUUUAAGAAAAUGUAAAGAAUAAAGUCGAGAUGUGGAAAGAAAUGAGAUCUGCGUCCUGUACUUUCAGCACUGCCGGUGUACCAGUCUGUGUUUCUCAGGCGUAUUGGAGUGUUUAAGUGGUUCCUGGGACAGAAAUUUACAAAUGCAUCUCAAAAAAUUUGAUUAUCAUUGAAAAGUUACUUUAUUUCAAUAAUUCAGUUAGAAAAUGUGAAACUCAUACAUUAUAUAGAUGUAUUAAACACAGAGUGAUCUAUUUUUUUGUGUUUAUUUCUUUAUUGUUGAUGAUUAUGCAGCUUACAGCCAAUGAAAACCCAGCAUCUCAGAAAAUUACAAUAUUAUAUAAGAACAAUUGGUACUUUUAAUUGUCAGUGUGGGCAAUGUGCAAAGUCCUGCUGGAAAAUGAAAUCCGCAUUUCCACAAAAGUUGUUAUCAGCAGAGGGAAGCUGUAAGAUAUGAAGUGCUGUAAGAUUUAGCAGGAAAACAAAACUGCACUGACUUUAGACUUGAUAAUAAAACACAGUGGAUCAACACCAGCAGAUGACAGACACAAGGAGACACACAGUCAAAUCUUACAGCACUUCAUGCUUCCCUCUGCCGAUAACUUUUUGGAGACGCAGAUUUUAGUUUCCAGCAGGACUUGGCACACUGCCCACACUGCCAAAAGUACCAAUUGGUCUUAUAUAAUAUUCAAAUUUUCUGAUACACUGAUUUUUGGGUUUUUAUUGGCUGUAAUCCAUAAUCAUCAACAAUAAAAUAAUUUUUGAACUGAAUUACUGAAAUAAAGUAACUUUUUUUUCAAUGUUAUUCUGAUUAUGUUUUUAGCUGCACCUGUAUAUUGGGCUUUGAAAUAUUCCUCAUAUGUUGUAUAAUUUAUUAUAAAAG